GAAAGGGGGGAAAUGUCCGAGUCCGAACCCUGAGCGGCGAAGGAGGGCGGCGACGGGCGAUGGACCGCCACCGGAAAGCGCGGCCUGAGAGACGCCCGGGAGCCGCGGCCCGGCAGCUUGGGCUGCUGGUGGAUUUCACAGCAGAUGGCACGAUGAUGGAGGUGAAUGACGAUGAAAACGAUGCAGAUUUGGAAGCCGAACUUGCAGCCAUCACAGGAGAAACGCCAGCUAGUAAAGCAGGAAGGCCAAAAGGAAAAACUCCACUCCCAAUGCAAGAUAUUGAGCGAAUGGCGGCUCUGUGCAUGAAGGACCUCGAUGAAGAUGAGCAGGAUGAAGAUGUGGAUGAUGACGAGGACUUGUUGGCGGAACUAAGUGAAGUGCUUCAGGAUACGAAGGAAGAACAGACCAAGGCUCCGACACCCCCAUCACACAGAACUCGAGUCCCUGACAUAACCCCGCAGCAACAGCCGAGUACAGCCCCUGCAGGGGUGGAGAGCGUGCUGACGGAACGGAUCGAUGCAUACAAGUCUGCCAUUAACAACGCCAAACAGUCAGGAGAGAGCUCUAAGGUCCGGCGGUAUGAGCGUGGGCUCAAGACCUUACAAACCAUGCUCACGUCGGCGAAAAAAGGGAAGAAGAUCAACGAGGAGGAGAUCCCACCACCCGUGGCUACCGGGAAGAGCAGUAACGCUGUCUCUCUGAGCACCGCGCCUGCUACAGAGAGCCCUUCCCCGCUCCAGGUGUCCGACUCCCCUGAUAGUGCCCCCGGGGGACCUGCCGCCCCAGCCCCCCGCCGCGGGCCACCCCUUUUACUGCCAAAGCCGACGCUGACGGUGCCGCCACCGGCCACAGCACCGAAACCACCGGAGCGGACGCCCGUCACAGCCCCCCAGCGGGAAAGCGGCCCAGCAGUGAAUAACAGGACAGGGAGGGAGUGUAGCGAGCAGGAGGCGGUGCAGAGCAGGCAACGGGAGUACAAACUGGCAGCGCUCCACGCUAAACGUCGCGGAGACACGCAGCUCGCUGCACAAUACUACCAGAUUAGUAAGAAGUUUGACCCAGCCCUUGAGGCGCUGGCGAGCGGUGCAGCUGUGGACCUCAGUAAACUGCCUCCCCCGCCUGAUUCCCCGAAUGACAGCUCCUCAACUUCUCCGGGUCAAUCUUCUCCCCCAGUUCCAGCUUCCAACCCUCCACAGCCACUCUCUGCACCAGGAGUGCCGCCUCCCCCGAGAGACGUAAUGGAGGCCCUUCAGCAGAGAAUGGACAAGUAUAAGUCCGCAGCCGCACAGGCCAAGGGUGAGGGCAAUGACCGCAAGGCACGCAUGCACGAGCGUAUCGUCAAGCAAUACCAGGACGCCAUUCGAGGGCACAAAGCGGGGCGGAGCGUUAACCUGGCAGAGCUGCCGGUCCCGCCAGGUUUCCCCUCCAUCCAGGGAUUGGAGAGCUCCGGCCCCAGCCUGGCCGGCAUGCUGGAUAACGCUAUGCAGCUCGUCAAUCAGGAGGUGAGCGACGCGGAGGCGGAGGCCAAGCCAGUAGUGCGCACACCUGCUCCAAAAUCACAGCAGCAAGUACCUGCCGGAGCACCCAGCAAGCCCACAGCCAAGCAGCUCUCAAAUAAAGCUCAGCAGCAGCUACAGUUCCUGGAGAACAGGAAGAAGCAGUUGAUGAAGGCAGCGCUUCGCACCAAGCAGAAGAACGACCUGGAGGGAGCCAAGCUGUACCUGCGGCAGGCCAAGGGGCUGGACCCCAUGAUCGAGGCCGCCAAGGGCGGGCUGCCCGUCGACAUCAAAAAGGUUCCACCUCCCCCGGAGAGCGAGGAGGACUUUGUUCUGGUGCAGGGCCGGGGAGUGCACAUACCCCACAAGACAGCCGAGCAGUACGCACAGCUGGUGGAGGUGCUCAAACAGCAGCACGAGACCUGCAUGAAGUACUCCAAGCAAUACACACACCUGGGGAAUGUGUCGGAGACCACAAAGUUUGAGAGAAUGGCCGAGGAGUGCAAGAAGAACAUUGAGAUCCUGAAGCGAGCUCACGCACAGGGCUAUCCCCUGCCCAAGUACCACCACGAGGAGAGGACCUUCCAGGUGGUGAAGAUAUUUCCCAACCUCACGAGCAGCGACAUGAUUCUUUUCAUCGUCAAAGGAAUCAACUUGCCAGCUCCUUCAGGUGUUUCACCUAAUGAUCUCGACACCUUUGUCAAGUUUGAAUUUGCAUUCCCGAACACAGAGGAAGCGCAGAAGGACAAAACCUCGGUGAUGAAGAACACAAACUGCCCAGAAUAUAACGAGCAGUUCAAGCUGACGAUUAACCGAGGACAUCGAGGGUUUAAGCGAGUGGUUCAUUCCAAAGGCAUUAAGUUUGAAGUCGUUCACAAAGGCGGGCUUUUCAAGACCGACCGUCCAGUAGGCAAUGCCCAGCUGAAGCUGGAGAAGCUGGAAUCGCAGUGCGAGCUCAGGGAGAUCAUUGAGGUGCUGGACGGCAAGAAGACCACAGGGGGGCGCAUGGAAGUGAUGGUGAGGAUCAGAGAGCCGCUCAGCUCCCAGCAGCUGGAGAGAACGACGGAGAAGUGGCUGGUCAUCGACCCACACAGCAUACCUGCGAUCGCAGUGCCGAAGGCGAAACAGCGGCAGGAGCCUCCGCGGGAGGUGGGAAGAAGCCGGCCCGGCCCUGCCCCCUCGCCAGUGCCCACCUUUCACAGCUUCAACGUUCUCAAGUUCGACAAGGAGCGGCUGGAGAGGAAGAUCCAGGUGUGCAAGCAGGAGCAGAAGCCGGUGCCGAGGGAGCUUCUGGAUCAACACCGGGAGUUGCAGCAGCGGCUGCAGUGGCAAAAAUCCCAGCUGGAGCGCGGAGACCCCGUCUUGCUCAGAGCGUACAGGGCGCGGCUGCAGGACUUCCUGCAGUACUACACACAGGCAGCCACACGCCUGGGCACUGAGGGCAGCCGGGAGUUGGCUAAAGAAGCGCUGUACAAGAGGAAGCUGGUGGAAGACGAGCUCCAGAGACUGCGAUGUUGAAGACCAAGUGGUUGUGGGGGCCGGGGGAUUCCGCAAUGUCCUGCGGUGGCUGAAUGAUCGCCGUGGGGACACUGUGCCCCCCCACA